CGCAUAGAUCCCUCUUUUCAUCUCUUUCUUCAGCCAGUCCUGCUCGUCCUGAAGCACAUAUUUAUUUAUUUCUCAGCACCGUGGACGUACCCAACUGCCAAUACCUCCCCCUUCGAGUUCCCGCUCGAUAUUAAUAUACCCCUGAAAAGAGACAUCACACGCCCACCUUCAGUAAUACGCUCUUUAUAAAAAGAACAUUUCGCCUAUAUUACGACCACAUACCCCCGAGGGACCCUGUACAGAACACAAAAACCGCCAUAAAACAGAGAAAACGAUAACACAUCAUCCCAAAGAACUACCCAACCUCCCCUGAAGACAUGUCCACAGGUCUGACCCUCUCAACGUCCAUCAUGAUUUCGCCACAAUCCUCAGGUCUCCAAUCCUCUUCAGCAGCAGCAGCGGCCGCAGCCGCAGCCGCAGCAGGCUCCUCAGGAAAUGUCAACUACUCUAUACCGAAUUAUCAAGUCCAGCAGGAUCAGGUCCCGAUCCUGGUCUCAAAACGAAGCGCAACGUGGCGGUAUCUCCAGCGGGUGCAUCAAGGAGGUAUGGUCCUGUAUAAUACCGCAAUGUUGUCAGAGAUGGAUCUGAGGCGCGGUUAUGCGGACGAUAAGAUUCAACGGAGGGCAUUACAAUACUUCUUACUGGGAACAUCGCUGGCGACAGUUCUCGAAAUCCCGAACGUAUCGGAUUGUCUGAGGGCAAUUUACGUCGUUGUUCAGGAAUAUGAGUAUUUCACCGCAGAGUCCCGGUCGAAAAUGAUGUUCUUCAAAUCCACGGGUCGGAAGGCGUUGUUGGACACAAAAUCGUCCGAGGAGACGGGCGAAUACACUUUACUGGAAGUCCGGCAACUGCCCUUCAGUCUGGACUAUGUCAUCACGUUCGCAUCCCUCUGCGAUGUGAUCGCACAGGUGUACGAGAAACUCGGCUCAGAGGAACGGAUGUGGACAUUGACCAAUACGGAGAUGUUCCAAAAGAUCGAUAAUCGCUUCAAGAAAAUAUUGAUGGUAGUAUCCAAGGAACUAGAGACGAUGGCGAGGGAUGUCCUGGUCGACGAAUUGAACGCCAUGGAUCCAUUAGGCACAGCGAACGAUCAUGAUUGGGACCUCUGAAACAUUGUUCAUUAAUGUACGACCAAAUAAAAUGUUGCCGGUAUAACGGAUAAAUAUCAUUACGGACCAAAUCCUAGAAUGGACUGGAGGGGAAUAAGCAUGGGUGCAAAGAUAAUUGCAUCGUGCUCUCAGGACGAGACAUUC